AGCUCACUCAGUCAUAGGAGAAAAGGACCAAGCUCUCAAGGAUCGCUUUUAGUUGCCCUCCGACCACUUGACAUCACGACUCUCGUUCUCAAGUGAUCCUCUCUCUCCCUCAAUUACAAUAAUACAAGUACCAGAUACACAAACUGCGACCAUCUCGUCGCCCCACGACAUAAUUAGCUUUGUGCUACAGUAUGAAUGAGAAUUUGGAACAAGUCAGUUUAAAAAGUGAAGUCCAUUCUGGCCCCAACAGUCCACUCGUCAUAGUGGUUGACCACCAAGGGGAGGAGAAAGCCAUGGAGAAAAACGUCAUAAAACUCGAGUUUCCAGAUGGGAAAGAGACGGUAAAAGUUAGUGAAAGUAACACUUUGAAUGAAAAAGUGGUGGUGACCGCGGGUGCGAGCAGUCCGCUCAAGAAAAGAAUUUCGUCACCUCUCUCAAAGCAAGUGACAAACUUUCACCUGAGCAGCAACAGCAGUGGUAAUAGUAGCAACUUGAGAUUCUCGUCUGGGGAUGUGCAGGUUCACAACGGGUUGGACUUCACGGGUGGGACGCCGACGACGGCGGGGUUUGGGCUUAUCCAAAGUGCGGCUGCAGCAAGGGCUGCCUGGCUCCUCUUGACGAACGGUGCUUCCUCCGCCGUGGGAGGAAUGAGUCCUCCCGGAUAUCCUCCCCAAGGGGCAACUCCAAAUCAGACGCACUUUCUCCCACCCGGAAACGUUACUUUCCUCCAUGGAUCUCAACCCUUGCAGCAGUUCGGAGGGAACACGGCCUAUUGGAGAAUGUUGUUGGAGAUGAGGGCCAUGGGGUUGGCAACGGCAGCAGCAGCAGCUGCUGCUACUACAAUUUCCGGAAGUAAAUCGACCGGAAGUGGGGGAUUCAGUGUCCGAGACAUUCUAGACCUGCACCCAAACCCAACCUCGGCCAGCGCAAAUGGACCAGAGAAGAACUCCGAGUCCGGUUCUAUUCAUCAUCACAGUAACCACGGUCGUAAUAAUCAUGGCACUGCCCGACAUCACCAUCGUUCCUCUAUCGAUGACCACGAAGGCCAUCUUCUCAGGUCCAACUCGUCCCCAGGGCCGAUACUCUCCCCUGACAGCACUUCCUCCUCCGACGACAAACUUCUUCAUCAAAGCCCCAACAAUAAUAACAACAACAACAUGAACGAUGCCUCAGGAGGCGGCCCCACCAACACUGCUGUCGACAUCAAGGGUGCACCAAUCACCAAAUCCUCUAGUCACGAUAUUGUCCAAGCAGAUUCGAGUACGACUGAAAUCACACGACUUGGAGUUGGUGGUCCAGGUUUAAGUCACAUGCAUGGAAAGCACCACCAUCAUCACCAUCAGUCUGGUCAUUACCAUCACCAUCAUCACAAUCAUGCCAAGGGUCAGGGAGGACAGUUGUCGUCUCCGAGGACGGCAGAAGACUUUCCCAAAUUGCACAAUCAUCACAAUCACUACAACCAAAGUCAGCUUGACCAGUCGUCAUCAUGCCACAGCCCAAGUCAAAGUGAUGACGAGGAACUUAUUCUGGAUGACGAGGAUGAAGAAAUGAUGGAAGAUUGUGGUGAUGACUCUUCGGACACAAACUCCAUGAUGAUGAUGAAUAAUAACAAUAUUAAACGAUUAGCUGGGGAUUCAAACUCCAAUUCCACGGGUUCAACGGGAUCCAUGUUUGUUGGGAAUGGUGGGGGUAUUGGAAGUGGUGGUGUUGGCGGUGGCGGCGGUGGAUCUGCCCCCGUGAAGAAAAGAAAGCGAAGAAUUCUCUUUACAAAGACGCAAACGUACGAGUUGGAACGACGAUUUCGACAACAAAGAUAUUUGUCUGCGCCAGAACGGGAGCAUCUCGCUUCAAUUAUUAGGUUAACCCCAACUCAAGUUAAGAUAUGGUUUCAGAACCAUCGCUAUAAGACAAAAAGCAGAGCUCAGCGAGAAACUCGUGGAGGAGGUCAAAUGAACGGAGGACAUUCCAUGCUGGAUUCUCUGGGCCCUGGUUCUCACAUGCCCCCCAGACGAGUUGCUGUCCCUGUGCUGGUGCGCGACGGAAAGCCCUGCGGAGGGGGUGGAGGUUCUGGAAAUGGGGGCUCAGGCCCAGCCAGUGGUGGUGGUGGCGGUGGUGGGAAUAGUGGGUCCGUAAGUAGCAAAAUCUCAUCCCUUCUUGACACCCUUGGACCUCAUCUUCCCCAUUUUGAUUUUCACCACCCACCUCUCAACCUCCCGCACCACCCUGGACUCCUCCCCCCUGGUUUAUUGGGACACCCCUUGGGACCUGGGGCACAUUCGCACUCGCACUACUUGCCACCGAGGUGGUGGUAGGCGAAAAUUAGUCAGCUCCUAACAAGCAGUGCAGUUAGAUAACUUAUCUUUCCGUUGCAAAUCUAAUCCCCAUGAAACGCAUGCAGAGCGGAAAGCGUCAGUAUUAUUAAUUAUUAAUCAUCGUUUCUUGGAUGCCCAAAGGAAAUGGAUCCACUCAUUGUAACUUAAUUUGUAACAUAUUUUAGUAAUUACAUUUCUAGAGUAGAUUUUUAAAUUAAAGUAAACUAAACUAUUGAUAUUUUUCGUGAUUUUCUGAAACAUUCCACAUAUCACAAGUAGUGUUUAGAAAUGUAAAAAAAUGCCAGUUGUGUAGUCCUUAAUAAAUAAUUAAUGUUGAUAGAAUAAAAUAA